AGAAUGUUGCCAUUGCUGUACGGUCACCGUGACGCGUGAUCCCCAUACACGAAGAUUUCUUGCAUUCUGGUUCGUCUCUUUGGGAAGAACGGGCCGAUAUUUUAGCCAACCACCUUGCCGGAUAGCGCCGCUCUGCAACUCCUGCUGCUGAUUGCUGGAGAAACCAAGGGAGCCAUUCUAUUUGGAGAUAGUUGGCGGUGAUUCUCAAUGAUGGACACAACGGAGGCAUCAUCUGAUAGUACGCAAGUGCUGACCAUGGCCGGUGACUAUGGAAAUCUGGCCAACACCCUCUAUACCACAGAAGGUACAUAUGACUCGAUAGCAGGGGUUGCAGAGGAGGAGAUUGGAGGGGAUGACAAGAGCAGUUCGCCCCUCAGGGAGCAGGACAGGUUCCUGCCCAUCGCCAACGUCAGCCGCAUCAUGAAGAACGGCAUCCCCAAGUCGGGCAAGAUCUCCAAGGAAGCUAAGGAGUGUGUCCAGGAAUGUGUCUCUGAGUUCAUCAGUUUCAUCACAAGCGAAGCGAGUGACAGGUGCCACCAAGAGAAGAGGAAGACCAUCAACGGGGAAGACAUCCUGUUUGCGAUGUCUACUUUGGGUUUUGAUAACUACGUGGAACCGCUGAAAUUAUACUUGCAGAAAUACAGAGAUUCGAUGAAAGGAGAGAAGACAAUGGUUGGCAUGGCAGCGGCAUCAACAUUAAGAACAGACGGCUUGGAGGACCUCCAGGAUCAGUUCGGUAUCACCAGUAAUUUAAUAUCGGCAGACCAGACUGUCCCACCUGCAUAUAAUGCAGCCUACCCUACACAGCUUUCCUUCAGCUGAGAGCCUCCUAGAUUGAGAGGACCCUUUUGUACAUAUCACAUCCCUGACCUCUGACCUCUACAUACCUUGAUGCUUCACAAUGGUCACCUAUAACAAGCCUGGAGCCCAAUAUCGAAGAGCUGCAAAGAAAUCAUUGCCUUGCUGUCCCAAAACAUCACAGAACAAAAGUUCCAGUAAGAAAUACAUUUUCUCGCAGGAAUUGGCAAGUCCAAGAAAAGGUCCCUUUUUUUGUCCCAUACACAAAGCCAUUGUUUUUCAUUACAUAAUCAUCGCAAAGACUAAUAACAUACAAAUUUCUGUGGGUAUUCUCUUAACAGAUGCCCGACAGUUGAAUAAAAACACUGAAAUCUAUUUAUAUCUUAGUUGGAUAAGUGGAAAGAGUUCCAUACCUGGGCAUCACUUGUCACCCUGUGCAGAAACCCUGUGAGACUGGUCUGAAAAAUUCCAAGUGUUUUCUCAGUAAAUGCUUUUUUUUUCCCUGCUAAAUUUGACUUUUUGGGACAUGUUGUCGCUUGCUGAUGGCUGAUAUGUCACUGCAGGCAAAAAUUAGUGAUGGCCAUGUAUUAAAUUA